GUCAUCUGGCGCACGUGGACGCGAUUUGAUCUCGCGGCAGGACUGCUUGAGCCCAACACUUUUGCUUUUAUCCACAGAGCCCAGCGACGAUAAGCGUGCAGGAGAACGGUAUUGACGGGCGAUCUGCGUGCACUUGAACCUGCGUCCCCGGCGGUCCUGUCUGCAAGCGCCCGCAGUCAAGCCUUCAAUCAUCGCGCGCCGUCUCCAGGUCCGGAGACUCCAGUCCAGGGUCCAACUCCCACUGAACCCACUUCUGCGGCAUCCUUGGAAGCGCAUCGGCCGUUGAGAAUAAUUGACCGCGGUGACGGCAUUGCUCGCGGCGCACGGCAACACGCCCUCCAGCACGCCCUCGAGCACCCUCUCCAGCACGCCCGCCAGCACGCCCGCCAGCAUCUCUCGCACGCUGGUCGACUCGCCAACCACUGCACGGCACCCCACCAUCGCACAGCGCCCACACCGCGCCCACACCGCACCACCAGCACCAUGUCCCCGCAGCAGCCCGCCCCGCACUCCCCUGGCGCGCCCCUGGCCAGGCUGGCCGACGACACGACGGCGGCGCCAGCCGAGGGCGAGAGCAUUCUGACCAAGGGCAAGAAGCUGCUAGGGUUGGGCGGCACUCAGGAGGGCAUUGGGCAGGCCGAGCAGGACGCGUUUGCGCUGGCCGAGGAGGUCGCGCCCACGCGCACCCUCUCGCCGACCGCGCCGACGCCAGCUCCCGUGUCUGCAUCUACGGCCUCGGCGCCUUCGCUCCUGCCGUCUCCGUCGCUCGCCGCGUCACAGUUCGACCGGCGGGCGUCGCCCCGCGCCAGCCCGCGCAUAGCCCCCAUUGGCAUCGGCGCCUCGCCCAACCGUCGCAGCGUCCACCGCACCUCGUCCCCCGGCCUGCACUCGCCCGCGUCGUCGCAGAUCUUCGAGCGCAACGUGCAGGAGCCCGAGCCGUCGCCGGCCAUUCCCAACCAUGUCAAGACCGAGGACAUGAUCCCGCCCGCCCUCGACGCCUCUGCCCUGGCCAUCACCGACGACCUCCUCAGCCCAGAGAAGGUCGAGAUCAUCACACACUCGGCCCACCAGCCCGCCGCCGCGACCGUCAGCGCGAGCAUGGCCGACUCGGUGUACUCGCCCUCGCUGGCCCCAGACGACUCGGCCGUGUCUGGCCACGCGAGCACCACCGAGACGACAGAGGCCGCGCCCAACUACGGGUCGCUGGACACCGAGGACGUGAAGCGCCUCAGCUUCAUCUCGUUUGCCGACGUGGUGCAGGCCGAGCACGUGGAGAACGACAGAGAGACGUUUGGGCCGGGCGAGGGCAUCCAGUUCAUGAGCCUCAACUCGACCUCCAACCGCUCGCCGUCGCCCGUGCGGUCGCCGCUGUCGUCGCAGGGCCGGACCGCCUCGCCGCCCACGAGCGGCGCGCCCUCGGAGAAGGGCGUCGAGCACGCGCGCACACGGUCGCCGGGCAGCCCUACGGCAUCACAUGUUGCACACAGCACGCCGCUGAACGAGGAGAUGCCGCUGCAGGUCGAGACGAUGCGGCAGGCGAUGCGCAAGCCGGGCACGGCAGGCACGUCGCCGCCGCAGUCGCUGCCGCUGAGCCCGGUGAGCAUCGAGGACGAGCGUCCGUUUAGAUGAGCAGUGCGGGGGUAGGUGCGGCGAGCGGUGCGGUGAGCAGUUCAGACGGGCGGUGUGGUGAGCAGUUCAGAGCAGUUCAGAUGGGCGGUGCGGUGAGCAGUGUCAGACGAGCAGUGCAAUGGGCCGUUCAAUGAGUCGCUCAACGAGCCGUUCAGCGAGCAGCCCAGACGAGCCGUUCAACCAGCCGCUCAAUCAGCCGC